AUGCAGAAUGCCCGGAUAUGGCAGGAUGCAGGCGAGGGAGCUUUGGAUCUCAAGCGCGCCCUCUCCGCCAUUUCAGACCUCCCCGAUUCCCUCCUGAGAGCGGAACUCCAGCGACGAAAUGUGGCCCGAUCCUCAGACUCGGUCGAUGCAGCACCGGCCUGUGGAUCUCGACAAAGAGGUGCUUAUAACACACCCCUUCAUGUCAUGGCUCUAUUCCUUAUCUUGGUAUUGAGUACAUUCGCCUGCUCAUUCCCGGUCCUUGCUCGUCGAUUCCCUCGUCUUCCAAUCCCCCGCCACUUUCUCUUCAUUUCAAGGCAUUUCGGAACUGGUGUCUUGAUUGCGACGGCUUUCGUACACCUGCUGCCAACAGCAUUUGUAUCAUUGACCGACCCAUGCCUCCCACGGUUCUGGAGUCAGACUUACCGUGCUAUGGCAGGAUUUGUGGCCAUGGUAGCUGUCUUCGCCGUCGUCUUAGUGGAGAUGUUCUUCGCUAUGAAAGGGGCAGGUCAUGUGCACGGAAAUGAUUACGAUACGCUCAUGGGGGGCAUUGGUCGUGAAUCCAUGGACGAGUUUGGACAUGGAGACUCCACUUACUCGCAUUUGGGAACCCAAGAAGGAUUUGGCCAUAUCCCUAUGGAGGGCCUACAGCAAGGUAGUCAUGGCGACACUGAACGGCCUUCAGGCUCCUCACGCGAGUUCGAACGGUCACACCUCCCGGGCACCCAUCCCGAUAAGGAGGAGGAAGAAGAGGAUUCUGACAUUGAGGGACUGGACCCGUUUGCUGAUGAUGUCUCCAUCAAUGGGCGAUCACAACCACCCCCACAUUCUCGUCACCAUCGCCGGCCGCGGGUCAGUACCAACUAUAGGACCCAGGAAGACUUGGGGUCGCCGAUGCCGAACCCACAGCGGCAACUUCUUCAGUGUCUUCUUCUAGAGGCCGGUAUUCUAUUCCACAGCAUCUUCAUCGGUAUGGCUCUCAGUGUCGCCACCGGGACGUCAUUUAUCGUUCUCCUUAUCGCUAUCAGUUUCCAUCAGACCUUCGAAGGGUUUGCUCUGGGAUCUCGCAUUGCGUCCCUCAUCCCCGAUCUCUUCUCACCGUCUUCUAUGAGGCCUUGGCUCAUGUGCUUGGCGUACGGAACUACGACUCCCUUUGGCCAAGCCAUCGGCCUUGUGUUACACAAUUUCUAUGACCCCGCAAGCGCAACGGGUCUGCUUAUGGUGGGUGUCACCAAUGCGAUCAGUAGCGGAUUGCUACUCUUUGCGGGUCUUGUGGAGCUACUUGCCGAGGAUUUCCUGAGCGAGUCGAGCUAUGCGACUCUGAAGGGUAGACGGCGUGUCGAAGCUUGUAUAUCAGUUGCCUGUGGAGCUCUCCUAAUGGCGUUUGUUGGGGCUUUUGCCUAG